AUGCAAUAUUUGUUUGACGACGAGGGUCGCCCAUAUUUGGAUGCGUUUGGUGGGUUUGCAACGGUGUGUUGCGGGCAUUCUCACCCUGUUGUGGUCAAUCCCAUUGUUAACCAGGCCAAAAUAUUGCAGCAUUCCACUGUUUUGAAUCUUCAUCAUGCUACUGCUGAUUUUGCCCAAGCUCUGGCAUCUAAACUCCCUGGUAAUCUCAAGUUUGUUGUUUUCUUUAUCAAUUCUGGGACGGAGGGAAAUGAGUUGGCGUUGAUGAUGGCGCGAUUGUACACUGGCUGCCAGGAAGUUAUUUCUUUGAGGAACGCUCAUCAUGGUAAUGCUGCUGGUACAAUGGGGGUUACUGCUGAAAUUGAUUAUUUCUCAGGCUGGAGUUCACACGCCCUGAACCCAGACCAGUGCAGAGGAGUUUUUGGCUCAGAUGGACCAAAGUACGCAAAGGAUGUGGAGGAACUUGUUGCAUAUGAUGAGGUCCAAUCAGGUUUUGAUCAAACCAGAAGCCGUUUCUGGGGUUUUGAGGACCAUCGUGUCGUACCUGAUAUUGUUACCAUGGCAAAGGGAAGGGGGAAUGGGAUUCCAAUUGGUUCUGUGGUUACAACUCCUGAGAUUGCCCGUGUGUUGGUUCAUCGGAAUCAUAGCAGUUACUUAACUACCUUUGGUGGUAAUCCUUUGUCCACCUCGGCUGCCUUAGCUAAUCUUAUAGUGAUGGAGAAGGAAAAUCUUCAACAAAAUGGUCUAACUAUUGGAUCAUAUCAGAAGGAGCGUCUAGCAUCACUUGAAGACAAGCAUGAAAGUGUGUACUCCCUCUGUCCCAAAAUUAUCGUCCAGUUUGAGAUUUCACUUUUAGUACAAUUUGAACUAGAAAUGAAAACUCAUACUGGACAGUAA